AUGGCGGUCGGUAAAAAUAAAGGCCUCUCGAAAGGCGGUAAAAAAGGUGUUAAGAAGAAGAUUGUCGAUCCCUUCACCCGUAAAGAUUGGUAUGAUGUUAAAGCACCGUCAAUGUUCACGAAGAGGCUGGUGGGAACCACCCUCGUCAACCGUACUCAGGGAACAAAAAUUGCAUCCGAAGGUUUGAAAGGCCGUGUUUUUGAGGUAUCUUUAGCCGAUUUGCAAGCUGAUACUGAUGCAGAAAGGUCCUUCCGUAAGUUCCGUCUGAUCGCUGAGGAUGUUCAGGGACGCAAUGUACUCUGCAACUUCCACGGCAUGGAUCUCACCACAGACAAGCUCAGAUGGAUGGUAAAGAAAUGGCAGACCCUGAUUGAGGCUAACAUUGAUGUUAAGACCACAGAUGGGUACCUGUUGCGAGUCUUCUGCAUUGGUUUCACCAACAAGGACUCUUUGAGUCAACGCAAGACCUGCUACGCCCAGCAUACCCAGGUCCGCGCCAUCAGGAAAAAGAUGUGCGAGAUUAUCACACGCGACGUGGCCAGCUCUGAGCUGCGCGAGGUGGUCAACAAGCUGAUCCCUGACUCCAUCGCCAAGGACAUCGAGAAGGCCUGCCACAGCAUCUACCCCUUAAGAGACGUCUGCAUUAGGAAGGUAAAAGUACUGAAGAGGCCGCGUUUCGAAAUCGCCAAACUCAUGGAAUUGCAUGGUGAAGGCGGUGGCGGCAAACGCGGUGAGGCGGGAGAGAAGGGGGAGCGUCCCGAGGGAUACGAGCCUCCAGUACAGGAGAGUGUAUAA